UAAAUAAAAUCUUACGCUAGUCGAACGAGAGGCCGAUUACGUAGAGCACGCGGUUUGAGAGAACACGAUAUGUCAGGCAUAAAUCAGCAUUAUAUUUUGUAAGCUAACUGAAACUCAGUGAAUCGACUUCAACUCGGAUAUAACAUUGUGAUAGACUCUUCGCCAUGGCAGCCAUCGACGCAGGACCGAGGAGGCAGCGAGGACUAUUCGGACUUUUGUGUGGUACCAUCAGUAUUAAGAAAAGUAUAUUGUGCAUCGGGGACAACAGUAUUGCAGAGAACGACCCAACGGAUCGAAGUGGGGAUAACCGGCAGCAGCCGGAUAUUGAGAAUCCACAUCCGUCUGUAGACGACCCCAGUACAGAUGUGAAGAUCCCGUCACCCGUAUUGGUCUCCAAGAAGCUUGCCGAAGAAGCUGUGGCCAAGAGACGCAAUGUUCGUUUCAGACAUCAAGCUACCGUGAUCGAAGAGGAGGAAGAAAAUGGUUUUGAAAAUUCCUCGACGGUCGAGGCGAACCAGAAACUUUUAAAUGAACAUAGUAACACUAUAACUGCGACGGAUGCAAAAUGUAAUAGAAGAAUCAGGCAAAAGAAAAUGGCCCCGGCUCCUCCUCUGCCCGGAAUCCUUGGCAAUGCUUCUUAAUGGGUAGCCACUUGCCGUUAACUACAUUAAUAUUUAUAUCAAGUUUAUGUCGUUUAUAGAAGCCGUUAUUAGAGAAAUUUCCAUAGUUGUUUUGUUCCCAUUGUUAAACCCAAUUUGUUGUUGAUACCGGAGGAGAAAUUUCAGUCGUUUGCCGAAUCAUGAGCUUAUUAAUUAGAAACUAUUUCUAGGUUUAAUGGCGUUUUCUCAAUACAGCGAUUGUUACUCCUU